GGCUUCUAUUGGCCCGGCGGAGCGAGUGGGCGGGGCGACGUGACACAGCGGCAGCAGGACCAGCUGUGACCCGAACCGGAUUUGAUUCCACUCGCGGUUCCCCAACGGCCCCAACCGCCUUCCCUCGAGCCUCGCCGCCACCGCCGCCGCUAUGGCGCUCAGCGAUGCCGACGUCCAGAAGCAGAUCAAGCAUAUGAUGGCUUUCAUUGAGCAGGAAGCCAAUGAAAAGGCUGAAGAAAUAGAUGCAAAGGCAGAAGAAGAAUUCAACAUUGAGAAGGGUCGCCUUGUUCAGACACAGAGGCUGAAAAUAAUGGAGUAUUAUGAAAAGAAGGAGAAACAAAUUGAACAGCAAAAGAAAAUUCAGAUGUCCAACCUGAUGAAUCAAGCAAGACUGAAGGUCCUCAAGGCAAGGGAUGACCUUAUUGCAGAUUUGCUGAAUGAGGCCAAGCAGAGACUUGCCAAGGUGGUGAAGGAUAGUGCCAGGUACCAGACACUGCUGGAUGGACUAGUUUUACAGGGAUUCUACCAGCUGCUGGAGCCCAGAAUAGUUGUUCGGUGCAGGAAACAGGAUCUCCCUAUGGUUCAGACUGCUGUACAGAAGAGCAUUCCCAUCUACAAAAAUGCCACAAAAAGGGAUGUGGAUGUUCACAUUGACCAAGACAACUUCCUGCCAGAGGAUAUUGCUGGAGGUGUUGAAAUCUACAACAGUGAUGGUAAAAUUAAGGUUUCCAAUACUCUGGAAAGUCGGCUGGACCUUGUAGCCCAGCAGAUGAUGCCAGAAAUCAGAGUGGCUCUCUUUGGUGCUAAUGCCAACAGGAAGUUCUUGGACUAAACCCCUAUGAAACAAGUGACGACUAGUAUUGUCUCCACGUUCUGUGGUAUAGGACCGAAAAAUUCUUUCCACACUACAAGCCUUUACCAGAAUACUGACUGUUCAGCGGGUGCUUGAUUCUGAAACUCGUUUCACAGAAAUAAGAAACUCCUCCAAUGAAUUACUGCUUGAAUAUAUUUUGAAAUAAUCUUCUCUAAAUAUUGCAGUGAUUCAGGAAUGGAAGGAAUUUUACAUUGUGCCAUGAGAAAUACUUGCCAAGCUGCAGCAACACUGCUUUAUGCAGUGUUUUUAACCUGAGGCCCUUUCUUCUCCAGCUGAGGUGCAUGCCCUGGUCUAAAGUAAAGACUCUAAAUGCUAGAUGAGCCUUUCACUGCCUCAUUUCUUUAAAAUGGAGAUUGUCUGCUAAGAAAAUCCUGAAUCCAAACUGAUUUAAUCUUUUGAUUUCCUCUUGCAAAAUAGGGAUCUUUAGCAAGGUUGUUGUUUGCUUUACUGCUCCUUGCUGUUGCAUGUAGGUAGUAGUUCUGUUGCAUGUAGGUAGUAGUUCUUGUUUUCCACAUAGAUGACCUAUGGUAUUUGUUGUUUUAGUGCUUCACUUUUUGACCUGUGGUUCUGUGACUGGGCAAUAAAUGUAUCUGGACUAAA